AUGUCGACUGUUUCUAAAUAUUGGGAUAAAUAUCGAGAGCGGCACAAAUCAAUCGAAAGCACACCAAAAAACACUGAAAAUUCUACAGAUAAAAAAGCAUAUAUAACCCAUUUAGAAUCACAGAUUGACAAAGUGUCUCAGAAUUCUAUAUCUUCCCAAACAGUAAACGACCAAAUUGAAGCUUUACAAGGUGCUUUGAAAAUUAACGAAGAAAAAAUAAUUAAUUUAACAAGACUUGUGAAGCUCCAGCAGAAUUAUGCAGAAAAUCAAGAAGAUGAUCUGAAUACAUUGAAAAAAAGAGUUGAAGUGAUUGCUAAUAAUGAAGGAUACCAUAGCACAAAGCUAAGCGAUAUUAGAAGCAAUUUGCAUGUGGAUUCAGGUAAAAUGCAAGAGCUGGAAAAAAGAAUUGAAGAGCUGGAAGAUUUUCUUACAAGUGAGAAAAGCAAUGAAAAAAUCAAAAAUUCAGAAGAAAAAUUACUAAAAAUUAUUAUGAAAGUUAAAGAGGAAAAUGACGAAAGGCAUAAAGAAAUGAAAGGGAUUAUAGAGCAAGCUAUGGAUUGUAUAAAAUCAGAUCUUUUUGAAGAGUCGAAAGGAACUUCAAGUUUUGGGGUCCAUGAUCUCGAAUCUAGUGGAAGUUUUGAUAGCUUUAAACGAUUUAUAGAUAAAGAGUUUGACAAGAAAGAACAUGAAAUAAAAAAUCUUGCAGAGUCUCUAUGAAAGUCAUAUACAUUAAAUGGCGUGACGAACCAGUCCACUCUUUUAAAACCUGUAGCUGGGACCUUGCGGAAGAGAGGAUGGCGCUCGGUGAUGUGCAUCCGGCCAGAUUUUACGUAGUUUGGGUGAUGCGGAAUGUCGUAUUAGGCCGAACGCAGCCCAUUCCCGAAUCAAGGUUUACUCUUGGUGGAGAUAUGUUCGGUGUUAGAAAAAAAGCCCAGCAAAGUAUAUCUAGUCAACUGGAAACUUCCUAGCGUGAUACCAGACAUUGCGUCCUGGGCAAUGAGCUAUUCGAAAACUUAAUAAGAAAUUCGUUUUUCGAAUUUUCUGGAAGGGCAACCCAAGUCUAGUGGUGGCCCAGCCCACUUCACUUGCCGUUCGACGCGAGCCUAAGGCGACUAAUAGUUUACCCCUAGAUGGUGGCAGCAGGUGAUCUAACACAAAUCAAGGUUGAGAUGCGCACAUGCGGGUACCUUGGGAGCUUUUCAAUAAUAGCUUAAUGUUAAAUUUCUCUAUGAAAAUCGGAAAAAAAUUGUAUAAAAUUAGUUGAAGAAUGUGCUAUUAAAAUAAACGACUGUGAAAAAUCUAUUAAAGAUCUUGGGAAAAUCAUUGAAAACAAUUGUCAGGAUUUAAAAAAAAUUGAGCGAGGGCAUUUCGAUAUAGAAGAAAUUGAACUAAAAAUAACUACAAAGGUAAAUACAACAGUUGAAAAAAUUGCUGAGCUUGUUAAGAAAUAUUUGAGAUCCCAGCAAGAAUUACAGAUAGAAGUAAAGAAUUUAUCAAGUAAAAUAUCAAAUAUAGAUUCCCAAAGCAACGGUCCUGAUUCCCCAAGAUUUAAAACUCCAGAUGAACUGAAAAUAAAUAAACCAAAGCCUCCUUUAUCGCCUUUAUCUAAAACAUUAAAAGACUUAGAAGAUUCAGCUCCUCAAGAAGAUUUUCCAGCUAAAAAGAGAAAUUUAUCUCAAGACUUUGAACAGCCACAAGCUCCGAAAGACAGAAGAUCGCAGUCUCCUCAUACACCUCGAUCUAAUUCUGAAAUAUCCCCAAAAGCGACUGCAAAAUCUUUAGCUAUGGAUCAAAGCAUUAAGAAAAAACUAACCCCCCUCCGUUAGCGAAAAAUUCUUUAGAAAAAUUCCCUAUUCUUUGGUUAAAACCUACCCUGUGAGAAAACAAAUAAUUUUUAUGAAAAAUAUUUUGAUAUAUAAAUGUUAAUUAAUAAUGAAACCUCUAGCUAAUUCUGCUUGAAUUUUAAAACAAAAUAUUUAAAUUAAUUCUUGCUUUCCAGUUUUUGCGAAUUGGAAUUUUACGAAAAAUUUAUAUAAAUUUUUUAAAAAAUAUUAACCCAAAAUUUUUUUGUUUUGCUCACAGAGGGGGAUUAAGAGAAAUUAAAGAAAAAGAAGCAGAAGACUCAAAGUUUAAUAAAAAAUAUCAAAAAGAUUCCAAGCUAGACAAAAAGAAGAAAAAGCUAUCCAAACUUGAAAAAGUUUACCAGCAGCUUUCAAAUAGAGAUUAA